CCAUUUCCAUCUUUCGCGCGGCCCAGAACAACCCCAAUACCAUCCCCCAAAAAUUCAGUCUAUUAAGCCGAGUGCAUGAUUCAAGGCCAGUCCCACGACGUCAUUUUCGCUCCUCUGCCGCUCUGUGCCGUGCCGCCAACAUGGACACUCCAACUGAGCCAGCACCAUUCCCGACCAAAUCGCAAACUUUAAUCUGGGAAUUCCUCGCUGCAAAUCCUGCGUUGGAUGCUGAACUGGGCGAUAUCGAAGUCAUGACGGAUCGGUAUACUAAUGAAGAGUGGGCGACACAGAUUGCGGAGACUGUGAAGAAGGUGCAGGCUGAUAGUGAGGCAAGGGGUAAGAAAAAGUAUGAGGCGCCAGCUGAAGGGAGUAAGGAGCUUGCGGAGACGAUUGAUCAUACAAUUUUGAAAUUGGAUGCUACGAGUAGCCAGAUCGAUGCGCUUUGUUCUGAGGCUAGGACGGAGGGGUUUAAGAGUGUAUGCGUCCGUCUGAAUUAUGUCCAACGCUGUAUCUCGAAUCUCAAGGGUUCCCCAGUCGUUGUAGCAUGCGUAGUCGGCUUCCAUGAAGGCACCCAGGACACCUACUCUAAGCUCCGAGAAGCGCGAGCUGCCGUAGAAGCAGGCGCUUCUGAGCUCGAUGUCGUCUUAAACUACAAGAUCAUUACCCAGCAUUCUCCAUCAAUCGCGGCAACGUCACACAAGACAAACCCUAGUACAUCCACCACGGCAAGCUUAACUGCAUCCAACACGGCUGCAAAUAGUAAACCCCAUGCUGGAGACUCAACACCAGCCGAAGGUCCCUAUUCCAUGCCCAGCUCUACCAUGAAAUCCAACCAACAGAACUCCUGCACAUCCUCUCAAUCACUUCCGGUCUCCGACAACAUCCCCAACUACAGCUUUAUCUUCCGCGAACUUGCCUCCCUUCGCUCCCUCUGCCCCUCCCCCAUAACCCUCAAACUCAUCCUCGAAACCUCCCAACUCACCCCUCCCCAAAUCCUGGCUGCCGCGCACCUAGCCGCUGCCGCAAACUUCGACUUCAUCAAAACCUCAACAGGCUUCAACGGCCGCGGCGCCUCUCUCGCUGACGUCGAACUCAUGGUCACAGCUGCAGAGUAUCUGUCUACCACAACGGAAUCCAACGGCGGGAGUCCUGUGUGCGGUAGGAAAAUGCAGGUGAAAGCGAGUGGGGGAAUAAGGAGCUUGGCUGAUGCGACUAAGAUGUUGGAGGCGGGGGCUACGAGGUUGGGGACGAGUAGUGGGUUAUGGAUUAUGCAGGAGGGACGGAAGGUGGUGGAGGAAAAGGAGGGAAGGAGGCCGGGGGGGGUGUCGAGAUUGUAUACUGAUGAUGAUUCAGCGGGUGGGUAUUAGAUUGGAGUUUGGAAUCAGAAGUGUGGGCGCGGGUGGGUGGAUUUGGCAUUUUGUCUGCAUGUACGCAUUGGGGGCAUUGUGUGGAGCAUCGGGGCUGUAGUGGAAGAUACCUAUCCUGCUGUUCUUGCAGCGAUAACUACUUGGAAGGAGCAUCAACACUGGGCUGAUAUGCAAUAGGUCC